AUGCCAACGCCACCUCUUAUCGACAAUAUUUCCUCGUUCCUCUCUCCCGCCUACACUCGCGAGCAAAGCAUCUACACUAGCGUAGAAGGAAAGUCGUCCGAGAUCGUCAGCCUAGCUGAUAUAGCAGACAUCACUCUACGAUUGAAGGUUGCCCAAUUAUUGGCCAUCGCCCCAGAACUGCCCAUUCAAGAGUUAUGCAACCUCCUCAUUGGGAUGAAGGGCAACGUCGCAAAGGCUCGCGAGUCCAUGUUUCGACAUGCAACGCGACCGACUGGCCUGUCCCCAAUGCGAGCAGAUGCGACAACAGUGAAGUCGGAACCUGUGCGGGAAGCAUUACGGCCUCAUUCGACUCGGGAUGAUGCUACAGUGGUCGAUGACAGCGACGGAGACGAUGAAGCGAUUAUGUCGAAACUGGAACUCGACGAUUCCGAGAUAUGGAUCGACAACGAUGUUCUGGCAUCGCCGGUGCCGGCAGCCCGCAAAUCUAAACAAAUGAACCUCUCAAAGUCGAAAGCCGGAGCUCGGUCCAAGGGUACACUUAAGCACACGACCAAGACGCAAUCAAUCGACACUGGGCAUAUUUCCCUCGUCAAGCCUCCCAAUGGCAACCUCGAUCGUCGUGCUUCGCCUUCAAACCGUGCGCCACACACAUGGACGUACCCUACGCCAAGUGAAUCUCUGGCCACCCCAGUGUCAGAGUACAGACUGUCCAGAGAACUAAACUACUCUCCACACAUCACUUCGUCCAGAACUUCGAGAACCAGAGGUCGUCGGAACAACAGCAUCGAUAAUGUCUUCGUUAUCCCCGACACAGAUAGUGAAACCGAUCUUGACGGUAUGUAUGAAGACUCUCAAGUGGACGCAGAUGCCGAAGAGGAUGAUGCUAGCGAUGAGUAUGCUAUGGAUGAUGUGGAGAUGGAAGAUGUGGAGGAGGAGUUGCAUAUUGACAUGGUCCGUCCGUUCGAUAGUUCCAGCUUGACGAUAGACUCGGCAGAGCGAUAA